AUGUCCUGGACAACAUCUCCGCCAUACAGCAGCAGGAGUGCCUCUCGCCAGGCAACAGAGUCCACCGCGGCGACUACUCCGCCUCCAGUCCCAUCCCCGAAGGCCGCUCCAAGGUCGCUAGCGCUUGUAACCACCACGAGUAACAAGCCCCGGACUCCGAUAUCGCCUCACAAACUAGCAAAGCUUGCCAACGCCCUCGGUGUAUCUACUCCAGCUCCGGUCUCUGUACCUUAUCCUCUCUAUUCGCCCACGACGUCGAGUAGCAGCGCGUACGGUUCCUCAACCCCGUCACGAUAUCUCCUUCAUGUCAUUCCGCCGCUGCACUUGUUGCUGGCUGAGCAAGAUGACGUAAACGACCCUUAUACUCAAGCUCAGUUUCGAAGAGGGACGCUCGUCCCCCUCUAUCCGACACUUCCCUCACAACUUGGGGCCAUUGCCCGCGAGUAUUCCUUGCCGAGCACCGGCGGAAUGAUCCUCUACCUCAUCUCGACGGACAAUGACCCCGGACCGCGGAUCACCGACGACGCUUGGAGGAUGCUCUGGCACCGCGCGCUUCAGAAAGACAAAGAUGGUUCGAGCAAUGGCAAGACGAUUGCGCGUUUUCACUCUCGAUCCGUUGCCUCGUCCGUCAGUAGCCCAUAUCCAUCACCUUCCUCGACCUCCGAGGGCCGUUUUGGCUCCCAAAUGACCCCCGCUUCGUCUUCGACUUCCCUCGACCUCGCCAUCAACCUGAACCCCAGCUCUGCUCUUCCGAUUCUUGCCAAGGUGGAAUUUGAUAUUGAUCGAAGAAAGGCACAGUGGUACGAACUAUGGAGACGUCGCGGACGGACCACCUCGCAUUCCAUGGCCGGUUCCUCCCAAUUCAGUAAUUACACGGACAGUAACAGCUUGAACCCGCGUUCUACCAGAGAACUCCAGCUACCACUCCGUGCCCGUUCGACCAGCCCAAGCUUGGCAGAGUGGAAAGCAAAGUUUGUACCAACACCGAGCACCUCUGCGGCAUCGUUAAAUUCUCCAGUCGAUUCUGAUGAUGCGGGUCAAUACGUGCGUUUGGACGACGACGAGAUGCCCCGCCGCAGAGGCCCCAUGAGACACAUGGGCCAGUUUACCGAUGAUCCGCUCCAUGGUGUUUUUCCAUCCGAUGGCGCUACAUGGGCCCAAAUUCGAGUACAGGAUGAUGGACAAAAUUCAAUGACGCCUCAUGCUCCCGACCUCAUGAUUGGUGGUCGAAUUGGAAGUACGAUCAUGAGUUUGGAAGGAGACGACGACGAGAGCGCUGCAGACGAUACCGAAGACGUUGUUAGGCUAUGGAAGGAUAAACACAAGCAGACGUUGGAUGCUUCAGGUCGAGUUUCACCAUCGGCUAGCGCCUCUACACACGGCGGACGUUCGAGAUCGGCAAGCAAGCACAUUCCUCCGCCGUUAGAUCUCUCUUCUUCGUCAAAGUCUCAGAUCCCUCACGUCGAAGUUGCCCCGCCUUCUGCCAGUCCUAGCAUGAGAGGCCACAGCGAUCUUCCUUACCUCGAUACUAACGCGGAUGGCUCCAAUGCCUCGCGCUCUAUGACUCCCAUGGGGCGCGAGGAGGCCCGUAGUCGACGACUGGAUGAAUUGGAAAGGAGAAUCGAGAGUCUUUCUCCAAAUUCUCAAUGGGAAAGCGAUGAUGCCUUUUCCCCUCAACAAAAAUUUGUCGUCGAGUCGCCUACCAUUGUCUUUGACAGUGCCGAGGCCAAAGAUUCAGCCGACAGAUCUCCUACUUCUUCCCCUCAACCAUCUUCCCCUGCAACUCCUCUGUCCGGCUCACUUCCAGUUCCCUCGACCAAGGCCUCUCGUAGACAAGUUUCAAUCGGUUCCUUCAACUCAAUCCCCGGUGCCGCUGCUCUCGCUGAAACUCUCGCCGAGAGUUCGUCCUCUCCGCCACUCCCUCCUGUCCCCACCGACGAUGCUGACGCAUCGAACGGUCAAACAGUCAAUGGACUCCCCGUCAUUGAUCUGUCCAGCGCUGCGCCAACACCCAUUGCGUCGACAUUUCCUUUGGCUGAUCCAGCGAACGAGGCCGCGACGUCUCCAACCAGUGCCACCGUGCCAACAAACUCAGCAUCGUUGCCCCGAGUAUCCAGCAGAUUCUCUGCGGAUUCAGUGACUUCGGAGGAUGGUCAAACCAGUGUUACCAAGUCCGAUCGUGCUCCUUCGAUGAUUUCUGUCAAGGGUAUCAGGAGCCUUUGGAGAAAGAGCGGAAAUCAAAAGAAUGGCUCGCAACCGCCCGUGUCGCCUGGAGGCAAUGGCCAACUCAACCUUCCACCAACCCCCCCACCAUUCUCUGAUGCACCGCCGCUUCCUCUCUCCGCCGGAGGUCUAUUCUCUCCCAUAUCCAUGGGACCUCCGCCAGUCCCCAAGUCGCCACUGCUGAAAAACUCUUUCUCCCCUGAUCCCAGCACCCCAUCAACGGCGAGCUCGGGAACUCAUCGACGCUCUGAUUCUGGACUCGACCCGUUCCACUUUGAUCAAGAGUCGAGAUAUCCCGUCCAUAAAAUGCCAUCGCCCUCGCAGGCCUUUACAGACGUGGUCCCUCCUUCGGCUGCCAGCGAAAGCAGAGUAGCCAGCCCAACUGCUGCCCCACCACCACCUGCUGUCAAGAAGGGAAUUCUCAAGGGUUGGGGAUCCAAGGGCCCGACAAAGCGCACUUCUGGCGACCUUGACGCAAACCGAGUUACAUCUCCGUCACCCCAGGGAUCGAAUCACCCUCCAUCAUCAUUUGGAUCCAUUGGGAGUGGAAAGAAGGGCAGGAGGCCCAGCUUGACAAAUAUUCUCAGCGGUCAUUCGAAGCAAGGCAGCAAGGCCAGCAUCAGCUCGAUAGGGACUGGAAGCAAGCACAGUCACACAAACAACAGCGUCAGUGGCUCGAGUCACGGUAGUGGUCAUCAUGCGGCACCAAGUCUGCCCACCGGAGCUGAGGCGUCAUUGACACCCUCGCCAAAUACGGGUUCGAGCGGAAGGACUUCCCCGGCUCCGAGCCACAAGGCUACCCUAAGUAGUGGUCGGGUGUCUGGAGAUAAUCCGCGUACUUCUCCGACGCCCCCACCUGCCGCGGUAGCAAUGGCCGCUCAAGUGGCUGCCAAUCGGGAAAAAAGAGGUACAUCGUACAUUGGCCCAGCGGAUAAUCGGAUAUAA